AUGGGUAUUCCCGCUGACAUUUCGGAAAAUGUUAAAUCUCGUGUUCUGAGCGAAGAAACACCUCUUCUUCGCGAAACAACACCAUCAGAAAGCGAAGAGGAUAUCAUUGGUCCUGAACCGAGCUCAGCAGAACUCUUUCUUGUCAUUUCUAGUGUGUACUUUGGCAUUUUUCUCGGUGCCCUUGAUGGAACUAUCAUCGCCACUCUUUCCGCAUCUAUUUCAACGCAUUUUUCUUCCCUUACUCUACUCUCUUGGCUGGUGUCGGCGUACUUGAUCGCCAAUGCUGCAUCCCAGCCACUACUAGGUCGUCUAACCGAUAUCUUCACUCGACAGAAAGGUCUUAUAGCAUGCAACCUCCUCUUCGCCGCCGGGAACUUGAUUAGCGGGCUUUCAACUUCUGAAGGCAUGAUGAUACUAGGCCGUGUGGUUGCUGGCUUAGGUGGUGGUGGUCUAAUGGCUAUUCCCAAUUUCAUUGCGUCUGAUUUGGUACCACUUAGAAAACGUGGGCUAAUCCAUGGAAUAUCAAACAUUUGCUUCAGUACCGGAGCCGGCCUAGGUAGCUUUCUAGGUGGGUGGAUCAAUGAUGUUUGGGGCUGGCGAUGGGCCUUUUUGCUUCAGGUACCACUGACUAUGAUUUCUUGCAUCAUGGUCUAUUUUACCGUCAAAAUACCAGCCAAAAAGUCAUCCUUGUCGGCGCUCUCCCGAGUAGAUUUUUUGGGAGCCGCAACCCUUAUAGUUUCGAUUGUUUUACUACUAUUCGGACUCAAUUCUGCCGGCAAUAUUAUCCCAUGGAAUCACCCAUUUAUACCCACCAGUAUAACACUCAGCUUGAUAAGUUUAAUGGUUUUUGUAUAUGUCGAAAUAUACAUAGCUUCCGAACCGAUAAUUCCGAUUAAACUUCUCGCUAUCAGAACGGUUGCAUCAGCGUGUCUAACUACCUGGUUCUCUACAAUGGUCAUGUACAUGGUUUUAUUCUAUCUCCCUAUCUUCUUCCAGGUCAAGGGGCUGUCCGCUACUAGUUCAGGAAUCCGUAUCAUACCCCAGUUUUUGGGGUCCACCUUUACCUCUGUCGGCUGUGGUAUUAUCAUAAAUGCCACUGGUCAAUACAAGCGACUGUUGAUACUUAUACUCUCUUCAUUUUGUCUAACUACUGGAUUUCUCACUACUCUUAGCCUCGACGGCAAUGAAUGGUUUAUUUACAUAUACGAAUUUAUACUUGGCGCGACCUUCAGCAGUCUUCUUACCAUUACCCUAAUUGCUACCAUAUCAGCAGUCUCUCACGAUCAUCGAGCUGUUGUUACCUCGGCCGUCUACGCUUUUCGCUCGACGGGUGCUACCAUCGGUGUCACUAUAGGUUCAGCCGUGUACCAAAACAUACUUCUUUCCGGCCUACACGAAAGGUUUGAUGGAAUUCCAGGCUCCGGAAGGGAGAUUGAGAAAAUUCGGAAUAGCCUGGACGAAAUGAACAACCUUCCUCCCGGCUGGGAUGCUGGCGUCAGAGCUGCCUUUGAUGUGGCACUAAGAAGCGUCUUUACCGUAGCCUUUCUUUGUGCUAUCCUCACCAUUAUCACAGGCUUGUUUAUACGUCAACAUGUAUUACAUAGCAGACUUGUUCGACAUGAUGUGAACGAGUAG